AUGAAAACACAGCUAAUAAUGAUCUACAGAUAUCAGAUGGCGGGAAAACUGUGUCCAGGUCAGAUAGGAACCAGAAUCGCCCAGAAACACCAGAGAGAUUCCAGAUUUGGUCUCAGGUGA